UCCUCUGCAGAGAGAGGGAGACAGAGAGACAAAGAGAAAAAGGAAGAUAGAAAUAGGCAGAAAAAAGUUGACCUGCAGCUGAGUCUGGAAUCCCACGCAGGUCGCCGCCAUGAUCAUCAAGACAAUUUUCUGUCUUGCUUUGUUGCAACUUGCAGCUUCUGACACUCCAACUGAAUUUCCGGCGAAGAAAGAUUGCUUCGAAUGCUGCAAGUACUCCACUGAGUCAGCUAACUACAACAAGUGCUGUGAGAAACGGGGUUGUUCUCCGAACUGCGAAAAGGUGCCCUUUGGAUCCUUUGGCACAUAUCCCAUCAAACGCGAUUGCAAGGGAGCGUGGAAAUGUUGCCUCCACCCUUUCCUUUCUAAAGAAUUCAACCAGUGUUGCAUGUCGCACGGCUGUUGCCCGAUCUGCGAUGGAGUGCCGAAAGGCUGUUGCUACGGAAGUAAAACGCAAGUCUGGGGCAGCACCGUGGCCUCCUUCCCCGAAAUCUGCCUGGAGCUGAAGUGUGGCGCUUCUCUCCUGAAGGACCAGCCGUAUGUGCUUCCUCAGAUCGUGCCCUUCUUCCUGCCCCCAUCCGAGUGCCAAUCCCCCUGCAAGGCCGUCCAGAACAAGUUCUGCCUCGACGCCCACCACAUCGUCCGGAACGAGGGGGAAACGUGGUACGAGGGGACGACGUGCGAACAGUGUUCGUGCCGCAAUGGGCUCGUCACGUGCGUCAACGUGAGCAUGCCGUGCCCGCCGCCGCUGAAGCCCCACUGCCGCCCCGUCGGGCACGGCUGCUGCCCCAAAUACGAAUGCAGUGACGUCAUAAGCUGCCCGCCUCCAGAUGCAUUUGAGAAAAAUUGCCGUCCGUACAAAAAGCGAUGCCGCAGUGAUGAGAACUGCGACGAAGAUGAACAUUGCUGCUCUGUGGGACGCUGUGGCAAAGUUUGUCAUAAACUGUGCGUGGACAAGAGCGGAAUCCGACAUGCAAUCGGCGAGACGUGGAUUUCCGCGACCAACUCGUGCGUGGUCGUGACGUGCCUGCCGGGCGGGGCCACUUCCGAAACGGUCAUCCAGUGCCCCAAAUGUCCGCUCUCGCUUUACUGCAAGUGGAAUAAUAUCCCAACCACCGACUGCUGCGGCUACUGGAUAUGCCCCGAAAGUUUCGCAAAUCUGGUCGACAAGUACCCGGCCUGUAAUAUAGUAAUAAUUGCCGGCAUCACAGAAGGUUAAAGGUAGAAGGGGAUGUAGAGGAGAAGGAGGGGGAAGGGGAGGGAGGAGAGAAAGGUAAGGAGGAGGAAGGGAGGAGAUGGAUAAGAGAAAAAGGAGAGGAGAGGGAGAAGAGAAGGAGCAGUAAAGAGAAAGGGGGAAGGCGAGUAAGAGGAGGAAGAAGUCAAGGAAGAAGUGAAGUAUAGUUUAACAAAAUGAAUAAAUAAAUAAUUAAAAAAAAUAAAUAAAUAAUAAACUUAAAAAAAGGGAUCAAACUAAAUGGAAUAAGAGCAGAAACAAUCUUUGUUGACACAUAAAAUAAACAUAUAUUUCGUCACUAUGAGUUUAUGGAAAACCAUAAAAUAUUAUGUUCCGGAGCAAUAAUGUAGUUAAUGAUAGAGUAAAGAC